CUGGACACCUCUGAAAAUGGGACAGAUAGAAUGGGCAAUGUGGGCAAACGAACAAGCCUUGGCAUCUGGACUGAUCCUUCUUACUGGAGGCAUUGUUGCAGUGGCCGGACAAUUUAAAGGCUGGCAAUUUGGAGCAUAUGGCGUUGCUGCUGGUGUAUUCAUAACUCUGCUUGAAUAUCCCCGAAGCAAAAGAAAGAAGGGUUCCACAAUGGAGAGAUGUGGUCAGAAGUACUUGGCAGCUGUAGUUAAACUUUUUGGGCCCCUCACACGAAAUUACUAUGUCCGUGCCAUCCUCCAUGCAGGACUGGCAGUACCUGGAGGGUUUAUACUAUCCACUAUCUUGGGUACCGUGUGUCUUGGCAUUGCCAGCAUCAUCUACUUUCUGGCGGCCAUUCGUGGGGAGGAAUGGCGUCCUAUUGAGAAGCAAGCAGAACCAAAGCCAAGAGCCGGAGAAACAAUUAAACGACCCCCAGAGAACCCACCUCCACGGCCUCCAGCAGAGGUGCGAAGAAAACAGGCCGAUGAGGUUUCAGUGGGAGGGGGCCAUGUUAACCCUAUUCCUGUCACAGAUAAUGUAUGAUGUCUUUUCCCUUCUGAACAACCUUUUUUUUUUUUUUUUUUAUACGACAGACCUUACAGUCUUCUUUUUGCUCACAACCACUAUGUAUAUAAUAUAGCCAUUAAAAACAAUCUAGCUUUUGUAUAUAUUUUUAAACGUAUGAUUUUAUAUACCGGAUUUCUCAGCCUUGCCUGGCGACACAUUAUUUGGCCGCCAUAUUCUUGUUACAAGUGGUAGACACAUAUUUGUCCUCUGUCUGUGCAUACAGUAAGUCAGUCAUCAGUCAGUGGUCAUGUAUCUGAAUGUAUUAACAUUUCUAGCUGCUUUAAUAAUAAAUGCAUACCUUUUACUAGUAAAA